GUCGUAUCACAUUAUAAGUUCUCUCACUUUCUCAUCUCUCUCUCUCUUACAAUUUGUGGUUAAACAAUACAAUUCUUUCCUUUCAUAGUCGUGAUAUCACUCUUAAUUUCUUUCAAUUUCUUAGUCAAACACAUCUUUGCAGAAGCAACCCCAUGGAAAUUAAGAAAGUGGUGGUGAAGUUGAACAUCCAUGAUGACAAGGACAAGCAAAAGGCCAUGAAAGCAGUCUCUUCCCUAACAGGGAUUAAUUUAGUGGAAGUGGACAUGAAGGAAAGUAAAAUGACAGUAAUAGGAGAAGUAGAUCCAGUUGACGUGGUCAGCAAGUUAAAGAAGCAAUGGAAUGCACAGAUUGUUACAGUGGGGCCACCACCAAAGAAGGAAGAGAAAAAAGAUGAAAAAAAAGAAGAAAAAAAGGAUGAAAAAAAGGAUGAAAAAAAAGAUGAGAAAAAAGAUGAGAAAAAAGAAAAGGAAGAACAAGAGAAACAAAUUGCUGAGCUUCAUAGGCUAUACAGGGCAUAUCAUCCCCCAAUGUACUAUUCUUACCAAACCAUAGAUGAAUCCCCUAAUAAUAAUUGUGUUAUUUGUUAAUCAACAAGAUUCGAACACGAAACCUCCAUAAGUUGUAUACGAGGAGGACACGAGAAGAUUGAUCAGAUCGAAUGUUGUUUUGGUUGUCACAUGAUGUAUUUAUGUACAAUAUUAUAGAUAAAUUACUAGGUUGCCAUUUAAGGUAGAGCGUACGUAUAAGAGUAAUAAACUCUUGACAUUGAGUUGCUUCUCCUUUUGAAAUGUAACCGCAUUACAUGAAGAAACAUAUUUUCUAAAACAA